CUCCAUCUAGCGGCCGGAAAGAGAGACAGCAAUACGGCUACCCAUGCACGUCACUGUCGUAAAAGAAAUACACAGCGUGGGCUCAACGCUUUACGUCAGUUUGUAAUUUAUGAAAACAUGUCUUCUUCAUUGAUUUGCAGCGAAACUCAAAGCAGGGUGAGCUCGGUGCUAAACAGAGAUGUGAAGCAAUAUGGAAAGAAGUACAUGUUUGAUCUCAACGAAGAGACGUGCUGGAACUCAGACCAGGGUGAAUGUCAGUGGGUGUCUCUGGAGUUCCCCCAAUCUGUCAAGGUGUCCGAGUUAAAGGUCCAGUUCCAGGGAGGCUUCUCAGCAAAAACAUGCAGACUAGAUGGUUGCCCAAAAGAUGGAGCCUUUACAGAGAUCAGCCAUUUGUAUCCAGAGGACGACAACUCUCUUCAGAGCUUUCCCAUACAGGAGGCCCCGGCAGUGGACAAAGUAAAAAUAAUGUUUGAGAAUAGUGCCGACUUUUUUGGGAGAAUUAUUGUUUAUUCCUUGGACGUCCUGGGGGAAAAAACCUCAUGACCAUUUUUUUUUUUUUUAAUCCUCUCGUGAGAGAGGAAGUGACUCCUGAGUAAAGUGCAGGAUGGUGUGGUGGCACUUGGGAAGCAUGUCAUCUGCGCUGCCACCUCAUGAACUGAUGUGAAUGUGGCCUUUUUUGGUAUGGACGCUUUCAGGGAUCUGUCAAGCCAUCUCACUCUUCAUCACUCGGACACACAAGGCUUGGAGUCUGAAUCUGAGGUUUAAUUGCAGACUUAAUGGGUUUCUUUUUAUUCUAAAAGCACUUGUAAUCAUGCUCUCUGUACUUAUAUUGUGCCUUUGAGUUGAAGCCUCAUUCCAGUUGAACACAACAGUAUAAAAAUAAAGUUUUAUUAAAACAUGUUCACAGUCCUUUUUUGCUGUCCUUCAGCCAAACAAAAAUAAUUCUGCUGCACAUCAACAUAUUUUAGUCCUUGUUUGUACAAAGUUGUUGUACACUGUAAUGCACACAAAUGGAAUAAACCAUUUAUAAAAUAAAAAAA